AUGUGCGACGCCGAACCCCUCGUCAGCAGGAACAGCGCUCAAUGCGUGGUUGCCUUCUACAAGCUACUUGAUGAACGGAAACGUUUUGCAGCGUCCCGAUCCGUCGCAACUACACCCAAAUGGCCAGCAGCCCGCAAUGAUCACUACUGUGACCAAGAGGUGUGUCAACACGAGGUCAUUGACUUGUCCUCCAUGUGUGAGCCGUCCGAUAGCGAUAGCGACUGCGACUGGCAGCCUUACAUCACGGGCGACAAGAAAUUCCCCAUCAUCGGAUACGAAUCUCCAUCGAACAGUGAACAGUCCUUGACUGAGAGCUGCCGUCAAUACUUCGCUGAUGAAGCGGAUGACAUCGUCCGUCUCCGUUACAACACACCGCCCACAGUCUACGAUGGCCAAGACCACGGAAGCCGUCGGAUGUCUGCGAUAGACCCUAAAUCAAGCAUUCGCGCCCUCCGACAAGAACUCGACAACCUACAGAUCAGCAGCGCACAGUCUUUUCUUGACCUAGAGGAGCAGCUCGACGUGCUCUCCUCAUCAUACGGUAGUCUGCGUAUGGACUACCAAGCUCUCUCCGACAAACAUAACGAACUCCUGGGGCUUUCGUUAAAGCAGUGCAAAGAGCUCGGCAAUCACGCCAAGCUCUUGACGGAAUUGAGCGACUGGAAAAUGCGCACAGAGAACAGCUUCGCUGCGGUACGCGUCCAAGGGCAAGAACCGGAGGUUUUGUAUUUCGACACACCGCGUUCGACGUCCACGGCGGAUAUCAGACUGGAGGAUCUGAGGGAUACUCCUCUCGCGACGCACAGUCAGGAUGUUACAUCGACAUCGGUCGGACGAGACCACGGUGUCGGAGGAAUACCGCCACAUCCGAGCAAUCCUCCCGCGACGCCUGAACGACGUACCACACAUCCGCGCUUGGUCCUGAGACUAUCGGCCAAGCCAGUCAUGAAGGAGCAAGUCAUGGAAUCCCCUAGUGCCUUGCUAACGGACGAGCCGCAACGCCCGAAGCGCGUCAGGAAGCCCACGGAGAAGCGCAAGGCCGCUGAGCUAGAAGCCAUGUCGACAAAGAAAGCGAGGAAGCUGAGUUGCAAAUCAGCCCCGUUCUGA